AUGCUCAUAUUGGCCUACAAGACGUUUUACCCGAAUGAUUUGUAUCUAUUGCGAGGAAAUCACCAGGGUGCCAGAGUCAACAAACACUAUGGUUUCUACGAAGACUGCUUGAAGCUUGGAGCAAAGGGGGAAUAUGUUUGGGCAUUGUUUCAGAAAGUCUUCAACUUGAUGCCCAUUUGCGCUCUCGUUGGAACGAAGAUUUUGUGUAUGCCUCUCCCCGAAAUGGAAACUCUCGACAAAAUUCGGGAAAUCAAGAAACCGUUGUGCAAUCCAUUCCACGGUGUAAGCCUAUCCAGCUACUUGUCAUCCGGGAUGGAGGCCAUCGAAAUCGGAAGUGGAAUAAUGUUUGGGCUGAAGCCAUCAAUAAUUUGUGCGAGAAUUGGAACGUCGAUAUCAUCGCGCCGAGCUCAUCAAGUGUGUUAUGACGGUUUCUCAACUUAUUGCAAUUCGUUCGUCAACGCAGGCGCCAUUUUGCACGUGUCGACGGAAUUGGAAUGUCAAAUUAUCGCCCUCAUGCCUGAUGUGAAGAAUGCAACCGAAAGAGUGCAGAAUGGAAAGUUG